UUCUCUAACCUACUGACUUAAUUUUUAGCUGUGGGCAGUCUCAUCUGAACCAAAUGGAACUAUUUGACUCUCUCUGUCUUUCCUCUUUUUCUAACUUUAUCCACAGUGUUAACGUUGCUUGCUCUUUUUCCUGGAAAUAAAAUCUGAUAAUCUGAUCUUCUCUUUAAGCAUAUUUCUGAAAUCAUCUGCCCAAUAACUGCAGUCUCUUUCAACCUUUUCUUGCUGGCUGCAGUAUUUAUCACUCUCUUUGAGCACAAUUAAGUUAAAUCUCCCUUCUUCUCCCUUCAAAUUUACUAUACACCUUCAAAAUGUUCAUAACAUAAAUGCAUCCACGCCUCGCCUCUCCUUCCCGCAUAGAAACCAUGCAAGUUCUUGCACUGAUUCUUCUUUGAGCUUCAUUUAAUUCUCAGCACAUCAACAUCUUGAGUAGUUAGAUGCUGGCCCGUUAAUCUUGCUGCUGCAAAGAGCAUAAACCGGAGCUUUCACACCUUUUUGCUCUUGAAGAGGGAACAGUAUCUCCCAGUUUUCACCUGAAAAAGGGAAGCAGUUUGUCUCUCUGUCUCCUUCUCUUCUCUAGGGUUAUUUGCUCCACUCACCUUUCCUCGCAAGCAAGAAACAAAGAGAGAAAGAACGAAGGAAGGUAGGAAACCAGGUAGCUAGAAGCAGGACGGCCUACAGUAUCUUCAAAAUCUCCUUGCAAGAUCCUGAUAAAGAAAGCAAGAAAACCCUAAUCCAAAUACCAGCUUAGAUCUUCAUUUACAUGGAUUUAGCUUCCCCAUCAACAAACCCCACAUAUGCAAGCGCUAUAAUCACCAGCCCCACUAACACCACCACUGCAAACACCACAGCAAACACCACAGCCACCUCAAGUUUAGCCACAAGCAUAUCCCCACCUUCCACUCCAAGUCGCUAUGAGAACCAAAAGAGAAGGGACUGGAACACUUUCUGCCAGUACCUUAGGAAUCACAGGCCUCCUUUAACACUCCCAAUGUGCAGUGGAGCCCAUGUUCUUGAAUUUUUAAGGUACCUAGACCAAUUCGGCAAAACCAAAGUCCACAACCAAACUUGCCCUUUCUUUGGCCUCCCUAACCCACCCGCACCAUGCCCGUGCCCCCUCCGACAAGCAUGGGGAAGCCUCGAUGCUCUCAUUGGAAGGCUCAGAGCUGCCUACGAGGAACAUGGAGGGAGGCCAGAAGGGAACCCAUUUGGUGCAAGAUCGGUGAGGAUUUACUUAAGGGAGGUUAGGGAUUUUCAAGCUAAAGCAAGGGGAGUUAGCUAUGAUAAGAAGAGAAAAAGGCCCAAGCCAAAAGUAGCAGCGGCAGCAGCAGCAGCAGCAGCAGCUGAUCCCAGCACAGGUUAGUGGUCAAAAUUAAAGAGUCAAUGGCCACGGAGAAGCUGAAGCUAUCACCAGCAGCUUUUAGCUAUAUGGGAUGAUAUGUUGAGAUUUGUGGGUACCAGUGGAUUUGCUCUUUAAGGGACAGCUGCAUGGUAAUGACCUAGAACCAGCUGGAGCAGCUGCAGUAGUAGUAAUAAUUAAUCGUAUCAGUGAUACUAGACUAGCAGCAGAAAUCAUGGAAGCAAGUGCAGCUACUAUACUUGUGGUAAGAAAUUAAUAUGUACCUGAACAAUCAAAUCUGAGUUCUUGUUAAUUAUAAAUACUCUUAAUUGAGUCUUUUCUUCA